UCCUCCGGGCGCCUAGAGCGGCCGGCGCCAUAGAGACGCUGCAGUCCUCCGGGCGCCUAGAGGGACCGGAAGUGGGUUUAAAACUCCGGCCGGAUGUAGGCAAACGGAGGGGAAAUCAUGAAGCCGGCGGUGGACGAAAUGUUCCCCGAAGGCGCUGGGCCUUAUGUCGACCUGGACGAGGCUGGAGGAAGCACAGGUCUGUUGAUGGAUUUGGCAGCAAACGAAAAAGCAGUGCAUGCAGACUUCUUUAACAAUUUUGAAGAUAUGUUUGAUGACGAUGAUAUCCAGUGAAAAUGAUAUUCCAGCUAUGCAGUGUGGAGUACUUAAGAUUUUUUGUAGAAGCUGAUUGGAAACCAAAGGAAAAUGGGAAUAUUGACUCCAAGACAUGAAAGAGCAGCAUGAAGUGGCUGAUGAUGCAUGGAGAGCCGAACUGUGGAGUUAUUACUCGCUAGGAGAUAGGGAGUUGUGCUGUUUUUAAGCCUUGCUUCAAUAAAAAGUGAACAAAAUGCAUCAAAACA